UGGUGCCGGUGGUGGUGCUGGUAGUAGUUCUAUCAGCUCCGGUAAAGGUAUCGGUAUCGGACAUGUCUUUCCCGCAGCUCGGUUAUCCGCAGUACCUGUACGGUCUCGGUGCUGCUCCAGCCUCUCCCGCCUCUCCACCGUCCGCUCCGCGCGCUCCCAGCUGUGAUGUGGCCUCUGUGCUCGCGGCGGCCGGCAGCGGUGCUAACGGCGGUAUGUACAGCGCGCUCCCGUACAGCUACAGCGCGCUCCUGCCCUACACCAGCGCAGAACUGGCGCUCUUCUCUCACAUGGGCUCUCAGUAUGACCUGAAGGACAGUCCUGGGGUCAGUUUUGCAGCACACACUUCCCCUGCUGCGUUCUACCCGUACAGCGGCUUCCAGUACGGCGACGCAUCCAGGCCGAAGAACGCCACCCGGGAAAGUACGAGCACACUCAAGGCCUGGCUGAACGAGCACCGCAAGAAUCCGUACCCAACCAAAGGAGAGAAGAUCAUGCUGGCCAUCAUCACCAAGAUGACCCUCACCCAGGUGUCCACGUGGUUCGCCAAUGCCCGGCGGAGACUUAAGAAGGAGAACAAAGUAACGUGGGGCGCGAGUGCAAAGGAGGACGGUGAGGACGGGAUCAUCUUUGGCAGUGACAAUGAGGACAAACGUGAGGACGAGGAGGAGAUCGAUUUGGAAAGUAUCGACAUAGAUAAGAUCGAUGAGAACGAUGGAGAUCGCAGCAAUGCCGAAGAGGAGGAUGAAGAAGAAGAUGAGGAGGAACAAAAGCGAGGACUAAAACUUUCCAAGGAGCAGGAUGAAAUACACGGAAAUGCUAAUGCUAAUAAAAACAUUCCUGUAAUGACAUCACCAGGCCUCCAGCUUCCAGUGAGCAGCAAACCAAAAAUCUGGUCCCUCGCAGAAACAGCAACAACGCCGGACGUCUCAAAAUCCACAACCGUCCAACAUCCAGCGUUCCUCUCUAACCACGGACUGUACACCUGCCCCAUCGGGAAGAUCCACAGCUGGAAUAACGGAGGGUUCCUGACUCAAAACUCACUGCUCAGUGUUCGCUCGCUAGUGGGAGGAAAUCAGCAUCAUCAACUACAACAUCAAAUACAGCAUCAACUACAGCAUCAACUACAGCAUCAGAUACAACAGGAUUUAAUGGAAAAGGACAAAUGCACUGAACAGCUCAGCCCCAAACACACAGAUCGGGGAGUUGAGUCACCAACACAACCACUGAAAUCCUCAUUCCGUCCCCUACAUGACAGUGGCAGGAGUUCUCAGCGAGUCCUCACCACCUGAUCACCUCACAAAGAACACCUCAAAAAUAUUAAAGCUAAUUAAAACGACGGAUGAAUAUUUGGAGUUUUGUAAAUAAUUAUAAUAAUAAUAACAAUAAUAGCGCUUAAAUUUAUUCUGGGAUAUUUGGUAGGUUUGAAUUCCUCUCUCUGUGCUGGUGUUUUUAUUCAUUUUUAUUCCGUUUCACGGUUCAUUUGAUGUAAAUGAAGCUCGUUGAAUGUGUAAAUAGUUACUGGACGGAGUUUG